GCCGCGAAGCCCAGGCUGCCCGCGACCCAGGCGAGGCGGGCCGGGGGGAAAUAGGUCAGAGGCUCGGGCGCCAGCUGUGGCGCUGAGUUUCGAAGCCGUCUGGGAACUGCUUAUUUUAUUUUAUGUUUUUGUGUGCUUUUUGCUUUUGUUUUCUUUUCAUCUCAAAGACAGAUGGCUGGCUUGGAGGCAUAACUCGCCUCCACCAUCAUCUUUGGAUUUGUUUUUGGUUGUUUUCUUGCACCUUGGGACUCGGGAUCGUCAUGGUGUGAUGUGUUCGUGGGGAGGAACUGGCCACCCACACUGCCUGGAUCUCACUGCAUCCUGGACAUGACUGAGCCUCUUCAAUGGGCCCGAUACCACUGGCGACAGCUGAUGGGUGGUAGGACCAGGGAGGACGAUGAGAGGCUGUACAACUACUCUUCGCUGCUUGCCUGUGGGGGGAAGUCCUCUGAGACCCCUAAACUGGCAGGAAAGCACCGCGUAGUCAUUCCUCACCUUCAGCCCUUCAAGGAUGAGUACGAGAAGUUUUCUGGAACCUACAUGAAUAACCGAAUACGAACAACAAAGUACACGCUUCUGAAUUUUGUGCCAAGAAAUUUGUUUGAACAGUUUCAUAGGGCUGCCAAUUUAUAUUUCCUCUUCCUGGUUGUCCUGAACUGGGUACCUCUGGUAGAAGCCUUCCAAAAGGAAAUUACCAUGCUGCCUCUGGUAGUGGUCCUUACAAUUAUUGCAAUUAAAGAUGGCUUGGAAGAUUACCGAAAAUACAAAAUUGACAAACGCAUCAACAAUUUAGUAACUAAAGUUUAUGAUAGGAAAGAGAAAAAAUACAUUGAUUGCUGUUGGAAAAACGUCACCGUUGGGGACUUCAUUCGCCUCUCCUGUAAUGAGAUCAUCCCCGCAGAUAUGGUGUUACUCUGUUCCACCGAUCCCGAUGGAAUCUGCCACAUUGAGACUUCCGGUCUUGAUGGAGAGAGCAAUUUAAAGCAGAGGCAGGUGGUGCGGGGCUGUGCAGAGCAGGACUCUGAAGUUGAUCCUGAGAAGUUCUCCAGUAGGAUAGAAUGUGAAAGUCCAAACAAUGACCUCAGCAGAUUCCGAGGCUUCCUAGAACAUUCCAACAAACAACGUGUGGGUCUCAGCAAAGAAAAUUUACUGCUCCGAGGCUGCACUAUUAGAAAUACAGAGGCUGUCAUAGGCAUUGUGGUUUAUGCAGGCCAUGAAACCAAAGCAAUGCUGAACAACCCUGGGCCACGCUAUAAACGUAGUAAAUUAGAAAGAAGAGCAAAUACAGAUGUCCUCUGGUGUGUUCUGCUUCUGCUUAUAAUGUGUUUAACGGGUGCAUUGGGGCAUGGAAUCUGGUUGAGCAGAUAUGAAAAUGUGCUCUUUUUUAAUAUCCCUGAAUCUGAUGGACAUGUCAUAUCACCAGCAUUGGCAGGAUUCUAUAUGUUUUGGACCAUGAUCAUUUUAUUACAGGUCUUGAUUCCCAUUUCUCUCUAUGUUUCCAUUGAAAUUGUAAAGCUUGGGCAAAUAUAUUUCAUUCAAAGUGAUGUGGAUUUCUACAGUGAGAAAAUGGAUUCUACUGUACAGUGCCGAGCCCUGAACAUCACUGAGGAUCUUGGACAGAUUCAGUACCUCUUUUCUGAUAAGACAGGAACCCUCACUGAGAAUAAGAUGGUUUUUCGAAGGUGCAGUGUAGCAGGAUUUGAUUAUUGCCAUGAAGAAAAUGCCAAGAGACUGGAGUCUUAUCAGGAAGCUGUGUCGGAAGACGAAGACUGUACAGAUACUCUCAGUGGCUCCCUCAGCAACGUGGCAAAACCAAGAGCCCCCUGCUGCAGGACAGUCGUUAGCAGGCCCCUGGGGAGCAAGUCCUCAGAUCAUCUCUCUGGGAGCAUGUCUGCUGCAGGAAAUGGAGAAAGAGCCGCUGAAGUGCUUCAUUCCAGACAAGCUGCUUUCAGCAGCCCCAUUGAAACAGAUGUGGUACCAGAUACGAGGCUUUUGAAUAAAUUUAGUCAGAUUACACUGCAUCUCUUUACCCCACUAGACGGGACCAUCCAAAGGCCGCCACUGGAGACUUUGUACAUCAUGGACUUCUUUAUUGCUCUGGCGAUUUGCAAUACAGUAGUAGUUUCUGCUCCUAAUCAACCAAGACAAAAGAUCAGGGUCUCUUCACUAAGUGGAACACCCAUUAAGUCCUUGGAGGAAAUUAAAAACCUCUUCCAAAGAUUGUCUGCCCGAAGAUCAAGUUCCCCAUCCCUUGCCAGUGGGAAGGAAUUGCCACCAGGGAUCCCCAGUGCCUCUGUGAGCAGACUCUCUCUCUUCAGUCGGAUGAAGCUGACUUCACCUAUGGAGGAAGAGGUCUCAGUGAUGAAGGAGAGCCCGCAGGGCUGUAGUAACUCAGCUUCCUGUACAGGAAUGGAGAAACCAAACAGUGAUGCAGCGUUCACAGAUGGCAAGGUAGAAUCCCUCCCCAGAAUGCCCUUGGCCUCCAACGUCUGUUAUGAAGCCGAGAGCCCAGAUGAAGCAGCUUUGGUAUACGCUGCCAGAGCUUACCAAUGCACUUUACAGUCUCGGACACCGGAGCAGGUUGUGGUGGACUUUGCUGCCUUGGGACCAUUAACAUUUCAACUCUUACACAUCCUGCCAUUUGACUCAGUGAGGAAAAGAAUGUCCGUUGUUGUCCGGCACCCUCUUUCCAAUGAAGUUGUGGUGUAUACCAAGGGUGCCGAUUCUGCAAUCAUGGAGUUACUCUCGGUGGCUUCCCCAGGUGGCACAAAUCUGGAAAAACAGCAGAUGAUAAUAAGGGAAAAAACGCAGAAACACUUGGAUGACUAUGCCAAGCGGGGAUUACGUACUUUAUGUGUAGCAAAGAAGGUCAUGAGUGACACUGAAUAUGCAGAGUGGCUGAGAAAUCAUUUUUUGGCAGAAACCAGUAUUGACAACAGGGAAGAAUUACUAAUUGAGUCUGCCAUGAGACUGGAGAACAAACUAACAUUACUUGGUGCUACUGGCAUUGAAGACCGGCUGCAAGAGGGAGUUCCUGAGGCUAUAGAAGCUCUUCACAAAGCUGGAAUCAAGAUCUGGAUGCUGACAGGGGAUAAGCAGGAGACAGCUGUCAACAUAGCUUAUGUAUGCAAACUGCUAGAGCCAGAUGACAAGCUCUUUAUCCUUAAUUCCCAAAGUAAAGAUGCCUGUGAGGUGCAGAUGAGCAUAAUUUUGAAAGAACUUCAGAGGAAAUCUCCAGCUUCUCCAGGGCAAGCAUCAUUAAGCAAGGGUUCCACUCAGCCUGCCGUCACCCAGGACUUGGGGCAACGGGCUGGACUCAUUGUCACUGGGAAGACCCUGGAGUUUGUCCUGCAGGAGAGUCUGCAAAGGCAGUUCCUAGAGCUGACUGCGUGGAGCCACGCUGUGGUGUGCUGCCGAGCCACGCCCCUGCAGAAGAGCAAGGUGGUGAAGUUGGUCCGCAACCAUCUCCAGGUGAUGACUCUAGCGAUUGGUGAUGGUGCCAAUGAUGUUAGCAUGAUCCAAGUGGCAGACAUUGGGAUUGGGGUCUCAGGCCAAGAAGGCAUGCAGGCUGUGAUGGCCAGUGACUUCGCCAUUUCUCAGUUCAGACAUCUCAGCAAACUCCUUCUUGUCCAUGGGCACUGGUGUUACAUGCGCCUUUCUAACAUGAUUCUCUACUUUUUCUACAAGAAUGUGGCCUAUGUGAACCUCCUCUUUUGGUAUCAGUUCUUUUGUGGAUUCUCAGGAACAUCCAUGACUGACUACUGGGUUUUGAUCUUCUUCAACCUCCUCUUCACGUCUGUUCCUCCUAUCAUUUAUGGUGUUUUGGAAAAAGAUGUGUCUGCAGAUACCCUCAUGCAACUGCCUGAACUUUACCAGAGUGGUCAGAAAUCAGAGGCAUACUCACCCCUCACCUUCUGGAUCACUUUAUUGGAUGCCUUUUAUCAAAGCCUGGUCUGUUUCUUUGUGCCUUACUUUAGCUACCAGGGCUCCGAUGUUGACAUCUUUACAUUUGGAAACCCUCUAAACACAGCUGCUCUGUUCAUCAUCCUCCUCCAUCUGAUCAUUGAAAGCAAGAGUUUGACGUGGAUCCACGUGCUGGUGAUUGUUGGCAGCAUCUUGUCUUAUUUUUUCUUUGCCUUGGCCUUUGGAGCCAUGUGUGUAACAUGCAAUCCACCGUCCAACCCCUACUGGAUUAUGCAAGACCACAUGCUGGAUCCCGUGUUCUACCUAGUGUGUAUCCUCACAACCUGUAUUGCCCUUCUGCCCAGGUUUACAUACCGAACUCUUCAGGGAUCCCUGUUUCCAUCUCCAAUUCUGAGAGCUAAGCACCUGGACAGACUAACAUCAGAGGAAAGGGCUGAGGCUCUUAAGAAGUGGAGAGGGGCUGGAAAGAAGAUCCAAGUGACAUCCUCGUAUGCAGACCAAGCUGCCAACCAAUCAGGAAGGAGACACAGGUCGGGCCAUUCUGCUGCUGUUGCAGUGAAGUCACCAACUUCCUGUGCUGCUGAGCAAGGAGACUUGCCUCUAUGCGAAACUGCUUUAGAUCUAGAUUGCUUUGCAGCUGAGGCUCCCGAUGUGAUUGGACAUUAAAAUACAAAGAAGGCAGGUUAGCGCUGUUGAGGUGCAACUGUUCUUUCAAGUUUGGAAGGACUUGGAAGAGGCACCUCUGUGAAGCGAAGAUGACUUACAGUUUUCCAUAAGGGGUAUGAGCAUCUUUCUAGGCUUGGCAAAGCUGAUAUGAUGGCUGUUAUUGUAUGUUUGUAUGUACAGCAAAAGAAGAAUGUGGUUUGUCCUAAGCAGAAUGAAAAAAAGUCAACUAUUUAAGUCAAAAUCAAAUGCUUUUAUGAAAUAUUUUUGGAUUUUGUAAAAGCAUUUUAAUUGACUUAGACAUGCAAACAUUAUCACAGGAAUUCAUUUGAGAUUUAUUUAUUUUACUGGGUGCUCUUUCAUAUUCUUGAGAAAUGCUUUAAGAAAGCAGGCUCCAAUUUGAAUUUUUAAAAAAUUAGCUAGGUGUGGUGGUGCACACCUUUAAUCGCAAGGCUUGGAAGGCUGAGGCAGAA